AUGUCUGCAGAGCAACUUCCUGCCCGCAUCGACCUCCUCAAGGCGGCGUUUGGCGACGCAGCCUCCAAAUUCGAGGAGAACCUGAACGAGGCUGCCAAGGUUCACUUCGAGGCCUACAAGUUCAAGCUCGAGCGCCAGAAGCCCGUCUACAAGGCCCGCGCCGAACUCGCAUCCAAGGUCCCUCAGUUCUGGUACAACUCGCUCCAGAACUGCGGCCCGAUGGCCCAGUUCAUCGACCCUGUCGACGAGGACGCGCUCAAGCACCUCAAGGAGGUGUCGAUCGAGCAUGGCGAGGAUGUUAGGGAGUUCGAGGUCAAGUUCACUUUCGGCAAGAACCCGUACUUCAAGGAGUCGGUCUUGAGCAAGAAGCUCACCCUGACGGCUCCCUCGUCCGUCACGCCCAAGCCCGAACCCGCCGCGCCCUACGACCUCGAAGCGACGACCUACCUUGCCUCCGCUACGCCCAUCAGCUGGACCUCUGCCGACCACGACUUGACAAAGAAGGCGCCUCGGUCGCUCGCGACGGACAAGGAGGAGUUUGACGAGUUUGAGGGACCGGGGAGCUUCUUCAACUGGUUCAAGGAGGAGGGCGAGGACAUCACGACUAUGGGAGAGUCCUUGCUCGAGUGGUACGGGCACGCGACCGAGUACGCUGCCGGCCUUGCGGCGGUCCACGACGACUCGGACGACCAGGGCUUUGACUUUGACGACGACUUUGACGAGAGCGAGGACGAGGACCCGAAGAAGGAGAUUGACCUGUCGGACGAGGAGAAGAGGCCCAAAAAGAAGCAGCGCAAGUAG